UUGAUUUCAUUGAUCAAUAAGUGCAGGCUUUCUUUCAUAAAGUCUGGAUAUAGGCCUUUUUCUGAGUAGAGAAUUUCACAAUUCCUUGGAGUCUCUUUGAGGAACAUGAGUUUUAGAGAGUGCAAUGUAGAAAACCAGAAUCUGUGUCUUCAAACCCCAACUUUCAUCGAGUGGCUCAAACCAUCUUCUUCUGUAAUAAGUUCAAUAUCAUCUCCACCUUCUUCCUUGGCUCGGCAUGAUCAACUUUCUCAAGAAACGAUCCAGUUUUUGCCCUUCGAGGAAGACCAUGAAAAGGAUGGCUUAGAAGUGAAAGAAGAGAAGCUGGAACAGGUGACUGUGGCUUUGCACAUUGGAUUGCCUCACACAGUAGACCCUGAAACUGAUAAUCAUGAAAAGAAGAUUAUCCAUGUAAAGGAAGAAGAACCCUUGAAGAAAAGCUUCCAGGGUUGUUCUUUUAACCAGGAGAGAAGAUUUUGGAUACCAACUCCUGCACAGAUUCUUGUCGGACCGAUGCAGUUUGCUUGCUCCAUAUGCAGCAAGACCUUCAAUAGAUAUAACAAUAUGCAGAUGCAUAUGUGGGGGCACGGAUCCGAAUUUAGAAAAGGACCAGAUUCACUUAGAGGAACACAACCAGCAGCAAUGCUAAGGCUGCCAUGUUACUGUUGUGCCCAGGGUUGCAAGAACAACAUCAAUCAUCCAAGAGCCAAGCCCUUGAAGGACUUCAGAACUCUCCAAACCCACUACAAAAGAAAGCAUGGUGCAAAACCAUUUAUGUGCCGAAAGUGUUCAAAAUCCUUUGCAGUUAAAGGAGACUGGAGAACUCACGAAAAGAACUGCGGAAAGUUGUGGUAUUGCACUUGUGGUUCAGAUUUUAAGCACAAAAGAUCCCUAAAAGACCAUAUUAGAUCCUUUGGAAAAGGCCACUCCCCACAUCCUUCUCAUGAGAAAGAAUGCGUUACUGGAUCUGAUGAAGAUGAAGUUCCUCAUACAUGAUAUGAUAUGUAAUGU